AUGAACGUGGUGAUGGCUAAAAACCGCACCGAGUUCUACAUAGCGUUUCUCGUUCUUCUGAUAGUGGGAUCGGUGUUACUAGCUGUUGAAGGACGACCCGUCAAGUAUGGUUCGAGACCGUUGAUCCAAUCAAGAGAUUCACAUGUGUCCAAUGGAAACGUAAUGUCUUCAUUUAAACCAGUCAAGUCCUCAGUACAGGAUUUGUCGUGGUUAGCCACGGUUAAACAGUCCGGGCCAAGCCCAGGGGUUGGGCAUCAUCGAGCCAAGGGAUACAAGAAGUUUGGACGAGCCAACGACUCUGGUCCUAGUCCUGGUGUUGGACACUAA